CAGGCCGCAUCUUUACAGGGCCACGAGAAGGUAGUACAGCUGCUACUUAAGGCCGAGGCCGACGUUAACGCGCAAGGCGGACGGUAUGGCACCGCGCUCCAGGCCGCAUCUUUAUACGGCUACGAGGCGGUAGUACAGCUGCUACUCGAGGCCGAGGCCGACGUUAACGCGCAAGGCGGAGACUACGGUACCGCGCUCCAGGCCGCAUCUAUAUACGGCCACGAGGCGGUGGUACAGCUGCUGCUC